AGUCUGCCGCCCGGCCUGAGCAGCCUUGCGCCCGGUCUGGCGGUCGGCGGACAGCCGUGGACCGGCGCGGACCUCGGACUGUACUCGGGACAGACGGCGGGCGGCGCACCGAGCGGAAAUUAUUCGGGCUUGGACAUGGAAUCUGAAGACGAGUGUUUUCCUCCUGACGCAGGCCACAACACCUCACCCAGCUGUAGCAGCGCAUCACACUUCGACAAGACGGGUCUCCGGGCGCCGCGGUCCGUGCUGGCGCUGCUCGGUCUGCUGCCGGCUGUGGUCGUCCGCGCCGCCAACCCCAUCUCAUGGGCGCGCUUGACAGUGAAGCUUCUGAGCCUACCACGUGACGCCGCUGCUGUCGCCGGCUGGCCCGCCCGUUGGCUGCUGCGGCGGACUAGCCCGGUGGAUGGCUCGAGGCCGGCGCCACACCAGCAGGCCGGCAGCGCCUCGGGUGCCGCCGCUUGGGACGCUGCAGGGAAGGCAGAGGCUGGUCGGGCGGAGAGGAGAUGUCCCACCUUCCCGGUGCUAGCCAUGCUCCUGCUUCUGCUGAUUCCGCUGCUGCUGCUGCCGCUGACGUGGCGGAGGACGCCGUCCUCGGAGGACUGGCGGCCGCUGCGCGAGCUGGGGUCGGUCGGCCGGCAGCUGGCGCCGGCUCUCGGCUCGCUGUACGUCUCGGCCGUGUCGGCGGCUCAGGUGCACACCUUCCCGCGGCCGGAGUGCCGCACCACUGUGCUGGCCGCCCUGCGGACCGUGCUGUUGGAGCCGCCGUCGGAGCCGCCGGAGCCGCCGCCACCCUCGGAGGACCAGCUGGAAGCUGUACGGCGUGUGACGGUGACCGUCGACCGACUGCGCCGCGAGGGCGAGGCGGCCGAGGGCGUGGGCUCGUCACGCGCCUGCUGCAACCGGACGGCGUCGGACUGCGACGGCCAGCUGGCCGGCCGGUUACGUGGUCUGCAUCGCCGGCUCGACCAGCGGCUGCAGCUGCACGCCGCCGGGCUGAGGCACAACCUGUCGUGCGGGGCGGCGGCUCUGGCGGGCGGCGUCAGCCGGCAGCAAGCGGUCAGCAUCGCACAGCAGCAGCUGGCGCUGUACGACGCCGACAAGACGGGACAGUUCGACUUCGCGCUAGAGUCGGCAGGUGGCAGCAUCGUCAGCACCAAGUGCACCGAGGCGUACGGCGCGCGGGCGGCGCAGCUGACGGUGCUGGGCGUCCCGGUUUGGUACCCGCAGAACAACCCGCGCUCCGUCAUACAGGCGGGCGGCCGGCCGGGCGAGUGCUUCGCCUUCCACGGCGAGGGCUUGCUUGAGAUCGGCCUGUCGCGUCUGGUGCGGCCCACCGAGUUUGUGCUGGAGCACGUGGCGCGCGAGCUGACGCCCGACGGCAGCGUGCGCUCCGCGCCGCGUCGCUUCGCCGUGCUGGGGGUGACUGGAUUCGCGGGGGAGGCCGUGCCGCUCGGUGAAUUCCAGUACGAGGAGCGGGGCCCGCCGCUGCAGCCUGACGUCACGUCCGAGUGA